AUGGAUGACGGGAAAAUAUCAGAGGCUCGACUAGAGCCCGUCGAGUCUCAGAAGCCUAUAGUCGAGGGUCUUGACGAUGAUCCCGUUUAUUCUUAUAGUGAACAGCGCAAGAUUAUCCACCGCGUCGAUUCUCGCCUAGUCCUCAUGCUCGGCUUCCUUCACACGGUUUCGCUUAUUGACCGAGGGAACCUAGGGACGGCUGCCGUUGCUGGCAUGGAGAAGGAACUUCAUCUUCAUGGGACGCAAUAUAGUACAAUUGCAGUCGCUUUCUUUCCCCCAUAUAUCUGCCUGCAGAUAUUUGGCCCCAUCUUGGUGCGCAAGAUCGGGCCGACCAACUAUCUCUCCACGGUAGUUUUCAUAUGGGGUGCUGUCAUGCUGUCCGCCGGAUUCGUCAAGGAGUGGACACAGUUGAUUGGAAUUCGAUUUAUCAUUGGCGCUCUCGAGGCCGGAUUUUUCCCUGCCUCGGUUUAUCUCAUCUCUACCUGGUACACCCGAUAUGAUAUUCAGAAACGCUAUGCGAUAUUCUAUCUUCUCGGAUGCGUGGCAUCCGCUUGCACUGGAAUUCUCUCCUAUGGCAUCACUUUCAUGCGUGGACUGGGCGGCCUUACAGCAUGGCGUUGGAUAUUCGUCAUUCAAGGACUUAUUACCUGCGUUGUGGCCACGAUCAGUUACUUCGUGCUGGUCGGUUUUCCUGAUCAGAUGAAAGAAAGCAAGCGUAAGUUCCUGUCAAAUGAUGAGUAUGACUUUAUUAUGCGUCGGAUCACGAAGGAUCGCGCAGAUGCGAACUUGGAGCCAUUUAAUCUGAAGAAGUAUCUUCGUGCUGGACUUGAUAUUAACAUCUGGGGCUUUGGCUUGAUUUACUUUUCAACGACCACAACCGCUUACGCUAUAUCAUAUUUUCUACCCAUCAUCUACCAGAAAGGGAUGGGAUUUUCCAUGGGAGCUUCUCUAUGUCUUUUUGCUCCACCAUAUGCUGCAGCUGGCAUUUUGAUGUAUGCAACCUCAUGGUUGGGGGAUCGAUACCAUAUCCGAGGACCGAUUCUGAUUUUUAAUGCGUUGCUCACAAUCAUUGGCCUUCCACUUAUGGGUUUUACCAAGGGGAAUGCGUCCCGCCUCGUUGGUGCUUUUUUGACCACGAUGGGCGCCAACUCGAAUAUUCCGGCCGCAAUGGCGUAUCAGGCCAACAAUAUACGGGGGCAAUGGAAAAGAGCGAUAUCAAGCGCUAUUUUCGUCGGCCUUGGUGCGUCAGGCGGCAUGACCGGGUCAUUGGUUUACCGAUCGCAAGAUUCCCCAACCUACCAUCCCGGUAUCCUGACAUGCGUUGGGCUUUCUGGGUUAAUAAUCGUGAUCGUGGCGAUGCUUUCUACCCGAUUCUAUAUUCUCAACCGGAAGGCAUCUCGUGGGGAGCUCGUUAUUGCUGGCUUGCCAAACUUCCGAUACACUUACUGA